AUGUCUGAGCCGAUUGUGGAAGUCCAGGAGCUUCAGCGAUGGUUGGACACAGUGAAGACCUGGGACCAGACUGACGGCACAAUCACCCGUAAAGACGUGUGUUUGCACCUGCGGCCACUGAGGGAUUUUCUAAACAAACUUCACUCUUACAUUCACAGCACGAGAUCCACCACUGAGGCUCUGAGGAAGUUGCCGCUGUUGGGUCAUUUCUUGGGCAGAGUCUGCUGGGUCCCUGAAGUCACGGCUGACGCUACGAGUCGAGCGCUGCUGUUCCAGUGUCUGUGGGGAUUGUACUCGGAGAAACCACAAAAUGCUCUGGAAACAAAAGCUAAUCAGUGGAUACGAACAAUCUUAUGUCAGCUCACCACAGAUGAAGAGGAUACCGCACAGACUUUAAUGAAGCAUUUGGGAGUGCCACCAGCUGAGUUCCAUCUGAAAGUGCUGCGAAAAAUGUUGGCAAGGCUGCAGGAACAUUCUGGGACAGUCUGCAUUUCUUGUGAAGUGAAUGCUGAACGCUGUGUGUGUGACUCUGUUCUGGCCACUUCUGAAGCAUGUAUUCCUCUUGUCACUUGUCCUGAAGCUGCCUCUCUGAUAGGAGCCCUCUUGCAGAGGCCUCUGACCAGAGUCACAACACCUUUAAGUGAAGACUUCAUUCAUGCUAUCGACUCUGCAUACUCAUGCCAGCUCUUGUCGUUGGAAGAGCCAGCUGUGGUCGCACUGUGGUGCCACAGCCUGUCCAGUCUGGAAGAGGCCUUGUUGAGUCUGAUGGAACGGGUUCUUUCUAAUGGCAGAAAUACACUACACAAACUACAGGAGCAGAUCAAAGAGUCAUUACUGCCCAAAGCCUGCUCUCAACAUUGUCAUAUAUUCUUAGUUGUAAAUGACAUUUUUAGGUGUGCUCUGAAACAAAAUGAGAAAAAUGGCUCUUUAAAAUGUUUUGUCAAAACAUUUACAGCGAGCUUCCUUAGAGAACUGGCAAUUCAUGAACUGCAGAAGCGCGUCCCUUUGAAGGCGUACUUCCCACAUGCUCCUGCCUGUGUGCUGAUGCCUCUGCUGACCCAACCAUCAGAGAUGCCUGAAGAAUCCUGGAGAGACCAUCUCAACUGGCUUAGUGGCUCAUUACAGAGAGUGGCAGAGGAGGAAGAGGACAGAGAUGGGACUAACAGUGGGCUCCACCUGGUGCUGGAGGCCUGGUUCCUGCUGGUGGGCUGCUCUGACUGGGUGGAGGUGGCUCUGGAGCUGCUGGUCUCCUCAGAGGAUGGAAACUGUGGAGCGUUACUGUGGCUGCUGAACUUCUACCACCACCCGACCAACAGGGGCCACCACAGGGACCAGCUGCUGGUUGUGGCCAAAGAGGCGUGGGAGCGUGUGCGUGGCGUCCUCCCUGCCGCGGGGGCCCCUCCUGCGGACGAUCGGUACCACAUAUUGGCAUGUCUUCUGUCACCGCAGCCAAAGCAGCCAUCUCGUGCUCCAGUAUUGAUCCUCCAGCUCGUACUCAGCUUUGCCGUCUUUUCUCCUCUUUCUCAGAGUGGAUCAACACAGAUUUUGCUCUCGGCGGUGGAGCGGUCUGGCCUCACAGAUGAAGCAGCGUGUGUUCUCAGCUCACUGCAGAUCAGACUCAGCGGAGGAGGCCACGCUCACACUCUGCUGCCCAAGAUCAAGGCUCUGCAACAGGCACUGGCACCUCACACCUAG